AAAAGGGGGCGGUCCCGCCGUGCGCACCAAGCAGAACUCAGGGUAUGGUGCGCCCGGCUCUUUUGCUGCGCACAGCCCGGCCCCGGAUCGCGGGCGGCGCGCACUUAGAGGGGCGGGUGCAAGCGCAGGGCGGGACCUCUAAGCCCGGCCCCACCUCCGUCUGAAAAAAGGAGGAGCCGGCUCCAGGGCUCCGCAGCUGCCUGCCUGCCUAUUGGCGUCUUCGGUGGGAGCUCCAGCAUCUCCUAGGCUCGAAAUGGACCCCAACUGCUCCUGCGCCACUGGUGGCUCCUGCACGUGCGCUGGCUCCUGCAAGUGCAAAGAUUGCAAAUGCACCUCCUGCAAGAAGAGUGAGUGUGGGGUCAUCUCCAGGAAUCUGGGGCUGUGGCUAAGGUUGGGAGGGAACUCAAGGCUGGCCCUGAGUACCUGCUUCUGGGGAACUGGGCUUUCUUUGCCCUCAUUGUCCGUGUCAUUCCCUCUCCAGGCUUUCUGCCCUAAAUUCAGAUGGGGCAGGACAGCAUUUUUCUCUUGGGACACAAACCCCAACUGUACCCCCUAUGGUUUCAGAACAGAGCUGUGCCAGACGAAAAAACCAUCCUCUGGAUCUGGGUUCUGAGCUCCAGCCAGGCUUGCUAUUAGGGCAGAGAGGUGCCUGGUCAAGUCAGCUGCCACCUCUCACUCUCCCCUUC